GUUCACUGAUCAACCGGGUUAGGUGGAUGCUGAACAAUCGUGGGGCGCGUGGUCAUAAAUGGAGGCGCUGGACCCGUCCAACAACCUUUGUCGAUGUCCUGCUCCGAACGGGGUGUAUAUAUACGCAGCGGCAUGGACUGGCCGCUAUCUCUCGACACAUACGGCCAAUCCCCGCAAGGAAAGGCCCUUCGAUCCGCUUGGAUCCCACUGACGAAGAGUUCCCUGAGGGGGCGGGCUUUGAACCUUGACUGCGUGUUGGCUUCCUGUCUUCGGUGUCAACGUCAGGCGCACUUGCUGACAAACAACCUUUCUGCGCGGCUCCCGGAUAUCCUGCUCGAGCUUGUGGUCCACCGCGAAUCCGGGCGCACGUUUCCUUCGUCGACUCGUACUUUGCCUGGUGCUGGUUGACACUCGACGGCCAACUCCCUUUGCUGCUCCAUCACACCUUGCCUUGGCGUCCCUCCUCCUCGCAUCUAUUCAGUGUGAGUCAUCAUCAUGUCCAGCGAGAAAGGUACCAUUCCCCUCUCCACUGCGCCCACGCUCGAACCCACCCACUCCCUCGACCUCGAAAAAGGCGAUCAGCUAAUCUCUCCGGCGACGGCCAGCGCCUCUGGAGACACGGACGAGAAGGCACAUCGAAGGAGUAGCGUGCAUACACAUGUUGGAGAAGAUGCAGCGGAAGGCGCAUUGGACAAGGUAAAGCAAGAAUACCUUAAGUACGACAAGCCAUACCCUUGGUAUGUUGUCUUCUCACCGGCACGCCUAGCGACACGUUCACAACUUUUUUCGUACAGGUACCAACGUGUUCCCUUCCUUUCCUUGGAUGUGCCGCAACCCGCCGCCUCGCUCGACGAUGCCUACCCUUCGCCCGAACAGAGAGCAAACAUCUUCUCCCAACUCACCUACAGCUGGGUAACACCUAUGCUCACACUUGGCUAUGCGCGUCCGCUCGAGCCGCCAGACUUGUGGAAAAUGAGUGAAACUCGAAGUUCCCAGCUGCUGGGUGAGAAGGUUCGAGUUGCGUUCGAGAGGAGACAUAAGAAGGCAGAAGCCUACAAUUCCCGCCUCGCCGCUGGAGAGGUGUCUCCCGUGUUCUGGAGGCGAGCGUGGUGGAUGAUGCGUGGAUCCAACAAGUCGGGGGGCUAUGCUGCGAUGGAACACGAAUGGCGUACGGUGGGGGGGAAGAAAAAGGCUAGCCUGGUAUUGGCGCUUAACGAAGCCGUGUGGGUCUGGUUCUGGAUUGGAGGACUAGCUAAGGUUCUUGCCGACACGAGCCAGAUCACGUCCCCGCUUGUGGUCAAAGCCCUCAUCGCGUAUGCCACGAACUCGUAUGCUCUGCAUCAACAAGGCCUGCCCACGCCAGGCGUCGGUCUGGGAAUAGGAUACGCCAUUAUCCUCUUCGCCAUGCAGGUGAUCGCUUCUCUCGGCACGCACAUGUUCUUCUAUCGAUCUACUUCGACCGGCGUCUUGCUUCGCGGUGCACUCAUUAGUGCAAUCUACUCUCGCUCUGUGCACUUGACUAACCGUGCUCGUGCAACUCUCACGAACGGCAAGCUCGUCAAUCACAUCUCGACCGACGUCUCACGAAUUGACUUUGCGUGCGGAUUCUUCCACGUUGCGUGGGCUGCUCCAAUCCAGAUGAUUGUCUGCCUAAUCAUCCUGCUUAUCAACCUCGGACCAAGUGCCCUAGCAGGAUUCGCAUUCUUCGUUUUCGCUACGCCUCUGCAAACACGGGCAAUGAAAGAACUCUUCAAGAUGCGUAAGAAGAGCAUGGUCUGGACCGAUCGGCGCGCAAAGCUUUUGCAGGAACUCUUGGGUGGGAUGCGGGUGAUCAAGUUCUUUGCUUGGGAGAUCCCAUUCCUCAAGCGGAUCGCAGAGUACCGAGCCCAGGAAUUGCGCUACAUCCGCAAUCUCCUCCUCACACGUGCAGCUAACAACGCCGUCGCGUUCUCCCUUCCGGCAUUCGCAGCGGUGCUCUCGUUUGUCGUGUACUCGCUUGCAGGAAACCAGCUUCAACCCGCCAUUAUCUUCUCCUCCCUCACCCUCUUCCAGCUCCUGAGGCUUCCCCUUAUGUUCCUCCCGAUGACCCUGUCCGCGAUUGCCGACGCUCAGCAGGCCCUUUCCCGGUUGUACGACGUCUUCGUCGCUGAAACUCUCUCCAGCACCCGCGAAACCGACCCGAACUUGCCUGUGGCGAUCGACGUCCGUGACGCGACCUUCACGUGGGAUGCCCCGGCCCCGGAAGAGGGGAAGGAGGGGAAGAAGGGGAAGAAGCAAAGCAAAAGGGAGCGCAAAGCAGCGGAGAAGGAGGCUGCGGCGCUCGCCAUCGCUGGAGGAGCGGCAGCGGCAUUGCAAGAGAAGGAUACACAAGGAAAGAAGGACCGUGUCUUCCAGCUGAAGGAUCUUUCUUUCAUUGUUCCGCGAGGUCAGCUCUGUGCUGUUGUCGGCGCCGUCGGCUCCGGCAAGAGCUCGUUGCUCCAGGGUCUCAUUGGAGAAAUGCGUCAAACUUCUGGUGAAGUCAAGUUCGGUGGCUCGGUUGGAUAUUGUUCCCAGACGGCCUGGAUACAGAACGCAACUGUGCGCAACAACAUCCUUUUCGGUCAGCCGUUUGAGGAAAAGCGGUACUGGAACGCCAUCCGCGACGCUUGCCUCGAGGCAGAUCUCGAGAUGCUCCCUAAUUAUGACUUCACCGAGGUGGGCGAGAGGGGCAUCUCACUUUCUGGCGGGCAGAAGCAGCGUAUCAACAUCGCCCGUUCCAUCUACUUUGGCAGCGACAUUGUUCUUCUGGAUGAUCCGCUCUCAGCUCUUGACGCGCAUGUAGGAAAGGCUGUCUUCCACGGCGCCAUUCAGGGUGCCUUGGCGGGCAAGACCCGAGUGCUUGUCACACAUGCCCUCCAUUUCCUGCCGUACGUCGAUUACAUCAUCACGAUGGUCGAUGGGGUGAUUUCGGAGCGCGGGACGUACCAGGAGCUCAUGGGCCACGAUGGCGCCUUCGCGCGAUUCGUGCGAGAGUUUGGCUCGGAGGAGGAGCGCCAUGAACAGGAGGAGGAAGAGGUCAUCGCUGUUGAGGGCGAGAAGAGCGAGGAUAAAAAGAAGAAGGUCGCCCAACAAGGUAUGGCCCUCAUGCAAACCGAGGAGCGCAAUACCGGCGCCGUGGCCGGUUCGGUUUAUGGCUCGUACCUGAAAGCUGGUCGGGGGCGCUUGCUCAUCCCCAUGCUGCUCGCUACCCUGGCCAUGAUGCAAAUCGGCAACGUGAUGAAUUCGUAUUGGCUUGUCUACUGGCAGGAAUUGUACUGGCCCUGGAUGCCCCAAGGCUUCUAUAUGGGCAUCUACGCUGGGUGGGGUUUCUUCCAAGCAAUCAGCUUCUUCCUUAACGGUACCGUGUUUGCUAUGCUCACGUUCUAUGCUUCUCAAGCACUCCAUCGGGACGCCAUCGAUCGUGUCAUGCACGCGCCCAUGUCGUUCUUUGAUACCACGCCCCUUGGCCGCAUCAUGAAUCGCUUCUCGAAGGAUAUCGACACAAUCGACAACUUGCUGGGUGACGCUCUUCGUAUGUUCUGCGCUACGAUGUCUGCCAUUAUCGGUGCCGUCAUCCUUAUUGGGAUCUUCGAACCAUAUUUCCUCAUCGCGGUCGCGGUCGUUAGCGUAGGGUACUACUAUGCCGCCCUCUUCUACCGGGCAAGUGCGCGCGAGCUCAAGCGACUUGAUUCGAUUCUUCGGUCUUCGCUGUACGCACACUUCUCUGAAUCACUGUCCGGUCUUGCCACCAUCCGCGCGUAUGGCGAGAUCAACCGUUUUUGCGAUGACAACGUCAAGCGGAUGGAUAUCGAGAACCGCGCAUAUUGGCUCACUGUCGUCAACCAACGCUGGCUCGGAGUUCGGCUGGACUUCCUCGGGACGCUUCUCACACUUGUCGUAUCCAUCCUCGCUGUCGCAUCCAGGAACAGCAUCUCCCCGUCCCAGACUGGUGUCGUCCUCAGCUAUAUUCUCAUGGUCCAACAGACGUUUGGAUGGAUGGUGCGACAGUUGGCCGAGGUUGAGAACGACAUGAACGGUGUGGAGCGUGUUGUUCAUUAUGCGAAGCAUGUGGAGCAAGAGGCGCCUCAAGAGAUCCCCGAAACCAAGCCAGCGGCAUCGUGGCCCGAGGCCGGAAAGAUCGACUUCAACGACGUCGUCAUGUCUUAUCGCCCCGGCUUGCCGCCGGUGCUCAAAGGGCUGGCGAUGCACGUUUCAGCAGGGGAGAAAAUUGGUAUCGUUGGACGUACUGGUGCUGGCAAGUCAUCUAUCAUGGUAGCUCUGUACCGUCUUGUCGAGAUAGGUGGGGGGAACAUCGUCAUUGAUGGUGUUGAUAUCUCCAAGAUCGGUCUUGCGGAUCUCCGCAGCAAGAUUGCCAUUUUUCCGCAAGAUCCACUCCUUUUCUCUGGCACUCUCCGUACAAACCUUGAUCCUUUCGGCUUGUACGACGACGCCAAGCUGUGGGAUGCCCUCAAACGUUCCUACCUUGUUGAGGAGACACGCAUGGUCGGUGGCGAUCCUGAGAAAGACGAAGAUGUGCCGAGUGGUGCCCAGUCGCCUGUGAUGCGUUUCAACCUAGAUUCCACCAUAGAUGAUGAGGGUGCCAACUUGUCCGUUGGUCAGCGAUCACUUGUGUCUUUGGCGAGAGCGCUGGUUAAGGAUUCUCGAGUUAUUGUUCUCGACGAAGCGACUGCUUCGGUUGAUUAUGAAACGGAUCAGAAGAUUCAAGAUACGAUUGCACGCGAGUUCCAUGACAGGACGAUGCUUAUCAUUGCUCAUCGACUCAAAACGAUCAUCGGCUGCGACCGAAUUUGUGUGAUGGAUGCCGGUCGUAUCGCAGAAUUUGACUCUCCCGCGAACCUUUGGGAGUACAACGGCAUAUUCCGCUCUAUGGCCGAACGCUCUUCGAUCACGUUUGAUGACAUCGUCGCUGCAACCAAAGCACGAGGCCGCUCAAUAUGA